CCGUUGCCGAAACGGCAGAAAUCACCUCGACUUUUACAUACACUACGACAACCUCAAUUGCUUGAUGAAGAGGAGGAUCAACACAAGAAAGGACAUAGGGCAUUGCUACGCAAGGGCAAGCAUGCGCACCAUGAAGGAUCACGGAAGAAGUGGCGGGAGGAGAUCAGGCCCCGGGAGAGGAAGAGGUAUGAAGCGCUGUGGGCGUCAAACCGCGGUAUCCUGCUUACAGACACGCGGAUGAUGAGUCCGGCGACGAGUAUAAGCAGCGAUCUCGACCGGGACGUGUCGCAGUGCGUGGCCAACGUUGUAGUGAGGGAGGUAUGGAGACGGUCGAGAUUACCUGUGGACGAACUGGCCGAGAUUUGGGACCUUGUCGAUCGAGGGAGGUCGGGGAUGUUGAGCAGAGCUGAGUUUGUGGUGGGAACGUGGCUUGUUGACCAGCGGCUCAAGGGGAGAAAGGUGCCGGCCAAGGUGACGGAUAGUGUCUGGGGGAGUGCGAAUGGGGUU